AUGACCCUCCUCACAGUCCUGAUCUGUCUGGGGCUGAGUCUGGGCACCGGGACCCCCGUGCAGGCAGGGACCCUCCCCAGACCCACCCUCUGGGCUGAGCCAGGCUCUGUGAUUCCCCAGGGGAGUCCCGUGACCCUCUGGUGUCAGGGCACACCAGGGACCCAGAAGUACCUUGCGAAAUUCUGGGAAGAUGUAUCGGCUAUCACCGAAACAGAAAUGUUACUGGCAUCGAAGGACAAGGCCCAGGUUCACAUGGACAGUACAGGACAGGACGAUGUGGGGACGUACAGAUGUAAGCAGUGCAGGCUGUCGAGGUGCUCAGACUAUAGCGACUAUGUAUCUCUGGUGGUCACAGGAGUCUACAGCAAACCAUUCCUUUCUGUCCUGCCAAACCCCGUGGUAGCCUCAGGAGUGAACGUGACCCUCCAGUGCGGCUCCUCAGAGAGAUUCCAUGGAUUUGUUCUGGCUCAGGAGGGAGAGCCUCAGUCCUCAUACCUGAAGUCACAGCCACACCCCACUGGGCAGUUCCAGGCCCUGUUCUCAGUGGGGCCUGUGACCCCCGGUCGCAGCUGGACAUUUCAGUGUUAUGGGCAUUUUCUCGACUCUCUGGUGUGGUCUCAGCCCAGCGACCCUCUGAAGCUCCUGGUCUCAGACUACAUGGUGGAGAAUGUCAGCCGGAUGCUUGUGGGAGCUGUGGUACUGCUGCUUCUCAGGAUUCUGCUCCUCAAGGUUCAUCUCAUCCAGGGAAGGUGUUAUGGCUAUAUGUAUGAUCAUCAAGUGUGGUCUCAGCCCAGCAACCCCCUGCAUCUCCUGGUCUCAGACCCUCCCCUGUCACCCACCCACCACCAGGACUACACGGUGGAUAAUGUCGACCGGAUGCUCGUGGGCGCUGUGGUCCUGCUGCUCCUCGGGAUUCUGCUCAUCGAGGUUCAUCUCAGCCAGGGAAGGUCGCAGGGACCGUCAGGAAACAACAAGGGGGGACAGGAGCUUGAGGAGGCGGAGACUUGGAACCCGGAUGGUCAAGGGGGUGAAGAAUGA